CACCACACUGGCGAAUGACAGUAGCUGGAGGGCAGUCUCUGUUGUUGUUAUAUGUUUCUUUCUGCGAGUUGCGAGUAGCGUUCCGGAAGCACCAAAUGACGGAAAGAUGGACCUCCGAGCAAAACGUACAGUUUGUGGAGUUAUACAAACAUCAACCCAACCUUUGGAACUGCUUGGAUCCUAUAUAUAAGAACCGGGAGUGGCGGAAGGCCUCGCUCGAACACAUUCGCGACGAAAUGGGUUUACAAGACACAAAUGAUGUUACGAGAAAGAUAAAAAAUUUACGUUCUACCUAUAAUCAGGAGUUAUUAAAAAUUCAGAAAGCCAAACAAAGUGGUGAGAUCUAUAAACCGACUCUCAAAUGGUUCGAUACUAUGGAUUGGAUUAUGAACAUAAUUCAUCCAAAUAAAAAAAACGCAACUAUUCUGGAACCACAUCAUGUGUCGAUAUCAUGGAAGGAGUUUUAUGAAGAAACUUCAGACUAUAACAACGGCAACAUUAGCAACGACACCUUUGAAGAACAAUCAAUGAAGCCGCCCAAACGACUACGAAUUAGUUCAACAUCAGAGAGAAAAUUACUCUCAGGACAGUCUAACGUUCGAGCAGCCGGGAAUGAACUAAGCGAACCUAAAGUGUCUGCCCCGAGUCCAGUAGAGCCAGAAGAUGAAUGUGAUGUAUUUGGAAGACAUGUAGCUCUGCAGCUCCGACAGCUACCCUCAAUCGAUAGAAUUGAGGCGAUCGAUGAGAUACACACGAUAAUCUCUGCAUACCGCAAGAAAGCCCUGCGCGCUGGAAAUGUGUAUUCGGAAUCUGGCCAUUCAUCAGAGCCAGAUGAAGGAUGUCCAGCAGAAUCACAAUCAACCACACCACCAACAAUACAAUUGAUACACCCAAGUGACAUUCUUGCCGUAGCAAUGAAAUCAUCUAGUAGAAUGAAAGCACCUACGUAGUAUUGUAUCAUAUUAUCAUUUCACCAUUGAAAAAUUACUAUAUAAGAUCCAUUUUAAUACAUAUAAAAACGUACAAAUGAA